CCAGAGCCGUGCCUACCAUCUUUGCCGUACCGGUUCCGCUGUUAUUCAACCCGAAGCUGCUUAUCGGGGCUUGUUUAUAUCAGCGUUUUUCUUGAGAACCUCUUUCAUUCUGGAAGACGAACUCCCACCGUCAGCUGUUGGUCAUUGCCUGACACGAGCUGUGCAGCUUUCUGUUGGAUGUGUUGAUGUUCUCAAUAUGUGUUAAACAGUCGACUUACAAUGAUACUGGAUAUUCGACUCGGGCCGACAUUGCUACACCUAGUAACUCUAGGAUAUCUUCUACACACAGGCUCCUCGGCUUAUUACGGAGGGGAUUAUUACAACUCCUUGUUCAGACCACUCAGCGCGGAUUUUAAAACUAAAGUGGAGACGUUAGGAGCGGUUUUGAAACGCCAUGUUCAGCGUCUCAGGGCAACAGAGAAUGGUCAAGUGGAACUUGUGUUUUUAGUGGAUAGUUCAUCAAGUGUAGGGGCAGAUAACUUCUUCGAGGAACUCCGGUUCGUACGCAAAUUGUUGGCUGAUUUUACAGUGGAUGUGAACAAGACCAGAGUGUCGGUCAUUACGUUUUCGUCACGAGGGAAGGUCAUCAGACAUGUUGACCAUCUGACCCAGCCAAAUGCAGACAAACAUAAGUGCCGCUUACUUGGAGACGAGCUGCCAAGGGUUAAUUACAUUGGAGGGGGUACAUAUACCCUUGGGGCCUUCCUUGAAGCAAAGGUUGUUCUGAAGGGAGCCAGGAGGAAUGCUACUAAAGCCAUUUUCCUGAUAACGGACGGGUUCUCUAAUGGCGGAGACCCAAGACCAGAAGCCAAAUCUCUUAGAGACAGUGGUGUGAAGAUAUUCACCUUCGGCAUCCGAAAUGGCAACUUUAGGGAGCUGUACGACAUGGCAUCCGUGCCCAAGAACGAAACUUGUUACAUUCUGGACAGCUUUGAAGAAUUUGAGGCUCUAGCAAGGCGGGCUCUCCAUGAAGAUCUCCACACCGGAUCCUACGUAUACCAGCCCAGGAGCAGAUGUAACAUUUUGUGUAAAAAUGGAGGUAACUGUUGCCAUGCCAACGCGACAUGCGCGUGCGGGACACAUACAGGAAAAUAUGAAUGCCAGUGCAAACCAGGAUUUUACGGCCAAGGAAUCGGAAAAUAUGGAUGUAAAGCCUGUCCCCCUGGCACAUACAAGAAUAGAAGCGGCCCUGGUGACGUCAGCAUGUGCAUGCCGUGCCCGGAUGAGAAUCAGACGACAGGUUCAGGGACGGCGGCCAUAACCGACUGCAGCUGCAAAAAGGGAUACGUCAACAUGAACACCUCGGAGUGCGCAGCUUUCACCUGUCCAGCCCUUGAUCCCCCGGAAAACGGCUACUUCGUCAACAACAAAUGCAACAACGUGUUCAACGCUGCAUGUGGACUACGGUGUAAACCUGGGUACGAGCUGCAGGGAAGCAGUUUGAGGAUCUGUCUGGAGAAUGGAACCUGGUCAGGAGUAGACGGCAGCUGUAUCACGAAGACUUGUCCGACGCUCCCGGUACCCAAGGAUGGUCAGAUGAUCUGCAGCCGCGACGACUUCACAUUCUCCACAGUGUGCAGAUUCACCUGCGACAACGGCUACCAGCUAGUCGGGUCCAGAAAGAGGACGUGUGUCGCCAUUGCAAUCUGGACUGGUUUGCCCACGAGAUGCAGAGAGAUCACGUGUCAGCCUCUGACGCCCUUGAAGGACGGGAGUGUUGACCCUGCUGUGUGCACCGCCGGGGAGGUCUCAUUUGGCACCACUUGUCAGAUGACGUGUCUGCGUGGCUACUCAAUGUAUGGUCCCCACACAAUGCAGUGUACACCUGAUGGUAACUGGGCCCCCAAUGUAGACAAGUACAACGAGUGUUUAGAUGAGAAGCCGCCAUUUAUUGAGUGUCCGAACAACAUCGAGACUGUGACAGACGUUGAUGAGAGUACGGCGGAGGUCACAUGGCAGGUGCCCGUGUCUGUAGACAACUCUGGUUUCCUGCCAACAAUGACGGCCGAGCCGGCGGUGUCACCUUCAUCACGCUUCCCCAUCGGUAUCAACAUCGUAACCUACAUAGUGGAGGACUACAGUCACAACAAGGCCAACUGCUCUUUCACCAUCACGGUCAAAGACACAAUCCCUCCGACUGUGGACAAAUGUUUCUCGCCUCCGCCAGUUGUCUCCCCUGACAAGUACGGCAACGUGACGUGGGAGGAACCACAGUUCAGUGACAACUCGGAGGAGGACCUGACCAUCUCGAGGUCACAUGACCAGGGCUGGUUUCCGAUUGGUGUAACCCAGGUGACGUACACGGCCACAGACGGGAGCGGCAACAACAACACGUGCGUCCUGGACAUCAACGUAUUACCACACCCAUGUGAGUUCCCCGCCCCGCCUGUUAACGGUAACCGCACGUGUCGCGAGACUGAUGAGGCUGUGCACUGCUCCAUCUCGUGUCUCCCUGGUUACGCCUUCGCCAUAUCCCCUGCAGAGGAUUACUGGUGCGCCUAUGACAAUGUUUGGGAACCUCGGGAGAAAAUGCCUUUCCCGGAUUGUUCAGAGAAGAAAAUCUCCAAUGACGUUGUGCAGCCGGCGACGGUGAAGUUCACGGGGAAGGUGCCGUGCAGGGAGAAGAAGAUUCUGCAUAAAAUAGAAGAGACCUUCAAGAAGAACGUUUCCGUGCGGGUAUCCGAUCUGUGUGAAGAAAACUUCAUCUGCUCAGUUGAUGAGGUUGAAACCACGUGUCAGGAAGGUGAAGCCUACAACAAGAUCCAUAUUGGCCUGGGAAAUCGACGACGCAGGAGACGUAGUGUCGGCAAGUAUCGCAAACAGCUCGCCAGGAGUAGAGGUUACGGGCGCAGUGUGCUUAUCUUUGACUUCAAGCUGGAAGGUACAGUGACAGCGACAGGUAACGAGACAGAAGAUGACAGACGCCAACUCGCCAUCACCAACAACCUAAAGACGAUUCUGCAGACACUGCAGCAAGACGCAAAGGCAGGACAUUUCAACUUCCGGUUUGGUGAAAGAGAGAUGAACUUCAAGAACAUGACCUUCAACCCCAACCAGCCCAAGUUCAUGUGUCCAGAAGGCACGGUUCAGAUCAGAAGUUCGUGUGUCAAAUGCCCCGUGGGGAUGUACUUCAAUGUGAUCAGGAAGACCUGUGAAAGCUGCCCUGUGGGGACCUACCAGCCAAUGGAGGGUAAGGCCACCUGCCUGGUGUGUCCCGGGAACCAGUCCACCAUCGAGGCCAACACCAGGACGUCAAAAGAGUGCAAAGCCCAGUGUCUACCGGGAAGUUUUUCCUUCAACGGUCUGGAGCGAUGCGAGACCUGUGAGGUUGGUUUCUACCAGUCUGAGUACGCGCAGACAGAGUGCUUGCCCUGUCCAACCAACAGAACUACCAGGAGACGGGGCAGCCGAAGGAUUGACCUCUGUCAAGAGCGUUGUCCGGCUGGCUAUGUGUCCAAGAGCGGCCUCAGGCCAUGUCUCCCGUGUCCAAAGGGGACGUUUCAACAGGAGGAGGGUCAGUCUGCCUGCUUCCAGUGUCCCCACGGAGCGUUGACCACUCAUCCUGCCGCUUCAUCGGUCAGAGACUGUGAAGGGGACUGGGACCUUCAAAGCGACGCCUCUCUUCCCCAAAAUCAGCAGAGACAGAUCCAAGUUAAUCUUUGUUUUGAAGAACCUUGUGAGAAUGGCGGUACCUGCAAAGUUAAAGGAGGGUUCGGUUUCAAAUGCAUAUGCCCGGAAGGAUUUAGCGGGUCUGUGUGUCAGACACCAGUGGACCAGUGCAAAGGUCAACCUUGCCUCCACAAUGGCACGUGCGUCAACCUCCAAGUAGACUAUGUAUGCAACUGCCCGGAAGGUUUCUCAGGUAAAAAGUGCGAGGUGAACAGGGACGAGUGUGCCUCCAACCCAUGUCAGCACGGCGGCACAUGCACAGACGGUGCCAACAGAUUCACGUGUCACUGUCAUUCCGCUUAUCAAGGUGCGACUUGCGAGGAAAAUAUCAACGAUUGUUCUGACACUCGCUGUCACAAUGGUGGCACGUGCAACGAUGACGUCAGCGGUUACACCUGCACCUGUCGAGGUGGCUUCACGGGCGAGACGUGCGAGAUUGAAAUUGACGAGUGUCUGGAGAACCCGUGCAGGCACGGGAUUUGCCACGACAAGGAGAACGGAUUCAGGUGUGAGUGCGAGGCAGGGUACCGGGGGAAGCGGUGCGGGCGAAACAUUGACGAAUGUGCUUCCUCCCCCUGCCAGAACGGCGGCACGUGCAAGGACGGGAUCAACGCCUACACCUGCAGCUGCCCCGCCAACUAUACCGGCGUUAACUGUGACGCAGUAUUAGACAAGAACUACCAACUGGACUUCCCGUCAGCCGGAACUGACCAUGUCCAGGUGCCUAUCAAGCAGGACAUGGGUGUCGUCACAGUGUCCUUCUGGAUGAAGACCGAUGACGUCAUCAACCAGGGCACGCCCUUUUCAUAUGCCAUACCAGGCUCAGAUAACGCUCUGACGCUGACUGAUUAUGAUGGGUUCGCCUUUACGGUGAAUGAUGAAAAGGUCAUGACGGAUGAACCAACCAAUGACGGCAUCUGGCAUCACAUCGUCAUCACGUGGUCAGCCAACAGAGGAUCCUGGAAACUGUACAUCGAUGGCCUCCUGAGUGACAGCGGCUUCAAUCUGUCCACUGGGAAAGCCAUUGCAGGUGGUGGCAUUUUCGUGAUCGGCCAGGAGCAAGACUCUUUGGGGGGCGGGUUCGAUCCCCGCGAGUCUUUCAUCGGGAGUAUAGCUCACCUGAAUGUGUGGGACAAGGAGCUUCCACUAGACAGCAUUGAUUCCAUGAGGACAAAGUGCACGGAGUUCUACGGAAACGUCAUCGCCUGGCCGGACGUCAGGAGUGGAAUCAGAGGGUCACUGAAGGACGCCACGUCAACAUUCUGCGGAGAUUGUCCCACGCCGAUGAAGCCUGACUACGGGCAGGUGACCUUCACCACCAUCACCCCGGGGUCAGAGGCUGAAUACUCCUGCAUCCGGGGUUUCCAGCUGGCGGGGUACAACCUGCUGCAAUGUCUCGUCACUGGGGAGUGGGAGACUGAACCUCCGACUUGUCAGAAGGUUUCCUGCGGUUACCCUGGCAACAUCGUAAACGGCUACGUGGAAGGCUUCAACUACAACUACGACAACCGAAUACGUUACAAGUGUCAGAGAGGUUUCGAGCUCGAGGGUCCUAAGACGAGAUACUGUAACGAAUACGGGGAAUGGGAGAAUGACGCCCCGGUGUGUAAAGAAAUCACCUGCGAACUGCCACCGAUCUCUGAGAAUACCCGCAUCUCCAACCCGUCAGACACCUACCGACCUAAAACAGUGGUGGAGUUUGAAUGUACUCCCGGCAAUCGCCUCCUGACGCCUCACAAUGCUGUCGUCUGCCAGUCCGACGGCACCUGGGACAAGAGCGUCCCUUCAUGCGACCCAGUAUACUGCGGCACUCCCCCUGAAAUAGACAACGGUGGACCUUCGUCAACUCCAGAACAGUCUUUGGUUGGAUCUCUCAUCAACUACGAAUGUAACUUUGGAUACGUAUUUGCCGCAGAUUCAAAGCAGACGAUCAGCUGUCAGCCAUCGGGGAACUGGGAUGCAAGUGUACCUGUGUGUGAAAUUGUCAUCUGCCCUGAUCCACCUAUUGUGGCGCAUGCGAAGUAUCAUGGGAACACUUUUGAUUUUCUGUCACUGAUAGAGUAUCUUUGUGAUGAGGGCUACCAGCAUAGUGAAGACGAUACCAUUGAAUGCUUGGAGAAUGGACAGUGGAGUGGGGAUGUGACUUGCGACCCGGUCAACUGUGGCGAACCAAAUGAAAUUAAAAAUGGCGAAUUCGUUGGGGAUGAUUUCUAUUUAAACAGCGCUGUUAACUACGAAUGUGACAGUGGAUAUAAACUUAAAGGAAACAAGAGACGCCUUUGUUUGACCAAUUCCUCUUGGAGCGGAAGAGAUCCCGUCUGUAAGCCCCAUGUAUGUGGGAAGCCUGCCAAGUUAGAAAACGGCCGAGUUAGAGCUGCGUCCAUUACAUAUGGAAGUGUAGCAACGUUUCAGUGUGAUGAAGGGUAUACUAUCAAUGGCGUUACUGAGAUGACGUGCCAGGCAGAUAGCACAUGGUCUGAUUCAUAUCCCGUGUGUGAACCUAAAGAAUGCUCACCUCCUGUAGACAUAGACAAUGGUUACUUCCGGUUGGUUGGAAGGAGCACUUAUGGAAAGACGGUGACGUAUUUUUGCAAUGAUGGGUUUGAUCUGUUAGGAGAGGCUGAAUUGACGUGUAAUAGCAAUGGACGUUGGUCAGCAGACGCCCCAUCUUGUCAGACUGUUGAAUGUCCUCAGCCAGAGGAUAUUGAAGAUGGAAACGUGAACGUCUUGGGCGUGACAUAUACAAGUAAGGUUGAAUAUUCCUGUGACGAAGGAUAUGAAUUGGUGGGGGAAACAGUACGAACAUGUCAGGUGGAUAAAACUUGGACAGAUCAAGCACCCAUCUGCAGUCCUCUUAAAUGUAGACCUCCUCGGAAUGUAAAGAAUGGGGCUCUCCAUUACAAAGAUCUUAAACUUUGGUCCAUAGUCAGAUAUUCGUGUGACCCCGGUUACCAACUUGAUGGUUUAGAAGUGAGAAGAUGUCAGGCCGAUCUUUCAUGGGAAGGAUCCGAGCCUACAUGCAAUGCUGUUCACUGUACAGAACUCACAGGUAUCGCAUAUGGAGUCCUGAACACCACAGAGACAGUGUAUCAGACAGUCGUUUCCUACUCAUGCAUUGCAGGCUACACAAUAGUUGGCGAAGCUAUAAGAACUUGUUCUGCAACCAAAGUAUGGACUGGUGAAGCCCCGGUGUGUGAACCUGUUCAAUGUAACGAGCCUGGAGAUAUCACAUCAAACGGACGCAUGCUAGGGACUAACUUCACGUAUGGGGCUGUGAUAUCUUACGUAUGUGACGAGGGCUAUAACCUUGCUGGAUCACAAAACAGGUCAUGUGGUGCCAAUGGGGAAUGGGAUGCAUCCAUUCCCAUUUGUGAAGUUGUUGAAUGUCCAAGACCAAAACUGGCACAUGGACGUGCAUCAAGCUUUCAACGUGAAUUCAACACGGUCAUCGACUUCACAUGUAAGAGAGGAUUCCGUCUGGAAGGACCUUCCCAAAGAACGUGUCUCGCCAAUGGUCAGUGGAGUGGGGACGACCCGAUUUGUGUUAAGAUUGUCUGCCCAACACCAUCACCACUGAUUUCAGGAACAGUGACUGUGUCGCCUAAUGGUCUAAAAGCAACGUAUGAAUGCUUUGAAGGAUAUUUUCUCAAUGGGUCCAAGGAACGCUCGUGUCAGGAGAGCGGAAGCUGGAGCUUAACAGAACCUACGUGUGAUAGGAUUACUUGCGAUGAUCUGUCAGCUUAUGCUUUCGAACAUGGGCGUCUUAUUAUGACAGGGAUAGAGUAUGGUUCGUAUGCAUCUUUUGAGUGUAACGUCGGGUACUCGCUUUAUGGAGAAAGUAAAAUUCAGUGUACCUUGACAGGAAGAUGGUCGGAAGAAGUUCCUGUAUGUAGAAUAAAGUCAUGUGGGCCACCGGGUGCAUUUGUCAAUGGAGAAAUAACCGGCUCGGUGUAUACGUUUGGGUCAACCUUAUCCUACACAUGCAACAGAGGAUUUGAACUUAAAGGAACAUCUGAGAGAACGUGUGGAGCAGAUGAACUUUGGGAGCCAUCAACUCCAAGAUGUCAUUCAAUUGUCUGCCCAGAUUUACCAGAUAUUGAUUAUGGACGAACGAUCCUACAGUCAAAUACGCUUGACGGUACAGUGAGAUACAGCUGCCAACCCAGUUUUGUCCUUCGUGGAAACCCAUCACGAACAUGUUUAGAAACCGGUGAAUGGUCAGGCACAGACCCAACGUGUGUGAUGCUCGAGUGUCCAACUCCACCAGAGUUGGAAAAUGGUCGCGUGGUUGGCGACAGUUAUGCUUUAGGUAGAAUACUUCAAUAUAUAUGCAAUGAAGGUUAUGAGCUGGAGGGUGUAGGUAUGAAUCAGUGCCUGCCAACUCUAUCAUGGCUCAGUCUGCAUCCAACUUGCAAAAAGGUCCAGUGCCCACCACCAGAAGUUCCUGUGAAUGGACACAUGUCUGGGCUUAGCUUCACAUACGGUGAUUCUGUGAUAUUUUCCUGUAACAGUGGCUACAUACUGACGGGGGAAUCAACUGCCUCUUGCCAACCAGAUCGUGCAUGGACAAUAGAAAUACCAACAUGUGAGCCAGUCCCUUGUGGAGAACCUCCUCAGGUUGCCAAUGCUGUUGCAAAUCUGGAAAACGGAACAGUGUUUGGGUCAACAGUGUCACUUCAGUGUGUGAUUGGCUACGACCCUAUAGGAGACACCCGGGUACAAUGUCAGGCUGAUGGUUCUUGGACAUCACCCUCCUUCCGAUGUGAGAUUGUAACCUGCCCAGCACCACCACCAGCCGAGCAUUUAACGGUGGAAGGCACUUACACAUUUGGAAGUCAGUUGAGGUUCAGAUGUGAUGUUGGAUAUGAACUUAUUGGAAUAGCUUCAACCUGUCGCUGCAAACCAGACGGGUCAUGGGAUUCACCUUUCCCUACAUGUCAGAUAAUUUCGUGCCCGGACCCUGGUACAUUUGACCAUGGAACUAUAUCUGAGUCAGACAACACUUAUCAGAGCGAGAUUGUGUACACAUGUGAUCAAGGCUUUGAAAUAAUUGGAGAAGAAACAAGAGAAUGCCAGGAAGACAAAUCAUGGUCAGGGCAAACACCAAUGUGCAUUCUCAUCCGAUGCCCAAACCCACAGUCUACAAUUCCCAAUGGAAGGAUGAUAUACCCGAAACAAAGCUACAGCUACAACGAUGAAGCAUCUUACGUUUGCAACGAUGGCUAUGAAAUGAUUGGAAGCGACAGAAUCAGAUGUUUAGCCACUAAAGCCUGGAGCAGCAGAGCACCGUCAUGCACUAAGAUCGUAUGUCCAAGACCAGGAAACUUAGAACACGGUAGUGUUGUUGCCACGGAUGAAGUCUUAACUUACACGUGUGAUGAUGGAUAUGACCUGAUGGGUUCACGUCUGAGAAGAUGUCUCAACACAGGGCAGUGGGACACAGAUGCCCCUUUGUGUCUGCCUGUUCAUUGUCCUUCUCCCGCGCCUAUCAACCAUGGACAGAUUGAAGGUGGAGAGUUUAUAUAUGGACAGAGCAUUCAGUAUACCUGUGAUGAAGGAUUCCUGCUAGUAGGAACUGGAAUCAGACGUUGCUUGGCAACUGGAUUCUGGGAGACAGAGAGUCCUUUCUGUGACAGAUUGACGUGUGGGAUGCCAAGGGUACCUGAACAUGGAAUGGUAUCAGGGGCCUCCUACCUCUUUGAGGAUGUAAUAGAGUACUCAUGUGAUUUCGGGUAUGAGUUAGUCGGGGAGAAUAGACAUACAUGUGAAGCAAAUGGGAAAUGGAGUGCUGAAAUACCCUUCUGUGAAAUCAUUGUUUGUGAAUCACCACCGGAGGUAUUAAACAGUAUAUCCACAUCAAGCUCGAAUACUGAUCAGUAUGCUGUGGGGUCACCGUCACCUACACCUGCAACACCGGGUACCAGAUCGAUGGCGCGCCGUCACUUCGGUGCCUCCAGAGCAGAAGUUGGUGACGUUCCUCCAAGAUGCAGCUUAGUAGCCUGUUCUUCCAUAGACAGUAUCGAGAAUGGAUUAGUUGUUGGGACUGAGUAUAUAUACGAGUCAACACUGGAGUUCCAGUGUAGUCCUGGGUAUGAGAUUGAUGGUGAUAACAUGCUGGUGUGCCAGGAAGACGGCACCUGGAACAGUGACACCCCAACAUGUGAACUUGUCUCAUGUGAAGCACCAGACACUAUCCAGCAUGGUGGCUACCGCAAACUUGCUGGCGGUUCCUCAGGAGGAACGUUUCUAUUUAAUGACCAAGUGACAUAUUUCUGUGAAGCUGGAUACAAUGUUGUAGGGAACAUGCUCAGACAGUGUAACGGAGAAGGUGCCUGGACCAACCGUCCACCAAUCUGUCACCCUGUCAACUGUCGUGAACCACCCCCAGUGCAGUUCUCCACAGUCAUUGGUGACAAUUUUGACUUUGGUCAAACAGUAACAUAUGAGUGUUAUCCUGGAUAUAGAAGAGAAGGUAAUUAUGUUUUAGAAUGUGGAGCUUUGGGAUCCUGGAUCGGAGUUGUUCCUGUGUGUGAAAAGAUAGAGUGUGGUCCCCCUGUUGUCUUUGACCACUCGUCGGUAAAUGUGGAGAAUGUGGGUGCAAUCCAAGUAGCAAGAUACGUUUGCAACUCUGGGUACAUCCUCCAAGGAGAUCCCCGAGCUGUUUGUGACAUGGGUACAUGGGUGGGUGAUGCAAGGUUGGACUGUGUUCCUGUGGACUGUGGACCUCCAGAAGCAGCUGACUAUGCCUCGAUGACGUUUAACUCUACAACUUUACACUCUGUGGUUCAAUAUGCCUGUAUAACCGGCUACAGCCUAUCAUCUGGGGCGCUGAGGCGCGUCUGUCAAGAAGACGGAACAUGGAGCGAACAGGAGGUUCCAGUGUGCAGCAAAGUCUUCUGUGGAAUGCCAACAACUCAAACUGGUUACACAGGGUGGGAUUACUAUUACGGAGGAACCAUCUCUUUCUUUUGUGAUCCAGGUCAUGAACUUGUUGGCCAGGCACAGUCAACUUGCAUGGAGACUGGGUAUUGGAGUGGAACUUUACCUUUCUGUCAGAAAAUAAGCUGUGGUGAACCACCGCGAGAUGUAGCCUUCUCUGGAUCAGAUUUCACUUUUGGAGGAAGAGUUGUGUAUGAAUGUCCAGUUGGGUAUAAUAUGGAAGGUGAAGCAGAGAUAACAUGUCAGACUAAUAAGAAAUGGAGUAGUGGGUCACCGAAUUGUUCCAGGAUUAGCUGUGGCCAGCCACCAUCAGGAGCGCUGUACACAGGAUCUGACUUUACGUAUGAGGGAUCAGUGACGUACUCUUGUCCUGAAGGAUUCUAUAUGACAGGCAGUGCUGUAAUAACUUGCCUCAUCACUGGAGCGUGGAGUGGUCUUGCUCCUCAGUGUCAACGGGUCAGUUGUGGAGAGCCACCCAGGACAGCUGAAUUCAGUGGGUCAGACUUCCUGUAUGGGGGUCGAAUACGGUACACGUGCCCUGAAGGGUUCAAUAUGGAAGGAGACGCUGAUCUGCGUUGUGAAGCAAAUGGAGCGUGGUCGGGAACAGCGGCAUAUUGUCAUAUUGUUGACUGUGGAAGACCCCAGACAGACGCGCUGUAUGACGAAAGCGAAUUCACGUUUGGGGUUACGUUGAGGUUUUACUGUCAGACUGGGUUUACACUCAUCGGGGAAUCGGAGGGUGUCUGUCAAGCAGAUGGUAGUUGGAGCACCACGGGGCAGAUAUGCGUUAAGGUGAACUGUGGGAUCCCGUCAACUGGCGCGUUGUUUGUGGGGUCGGACUUCAGUUAUGGUGGAUCCGUGCGGUACUACUGCGAAGUGGGGGAGAUUCUGAGUGGUCAAGAAGAGAUCACGUGUCAGGAGGAUGGGACCUGGAGUGGCGAAGGGCAGACGUGUACACCUGUGGACUGUGGUCCGAUUUCCGUGCCGGCCAACGUCGUAGUGGUAUCCGGAGACCCGGUGAGCGGCACACACUACAACAACACCAUACAGUUCUCCUGUGGAGAUGGGUUCUCCCUCAGCGGGGAGUCCACAAUGACUUGUCUCGUCUCAGGCCGCUGGAGCGGACAACUACCUGCCUGCAGUAUAGCGUUCACCAACCUGUGUGAUCUCGCUGUUGACGUGGAAAACUCCCGCCCCAUCUCCUCCGGCUACGAAGAGGGGGACUCCCUGGUGGUGGAAUGUCUGCCGGGAUAUGAAGCAGAGGGAGAGAUGGAGUCCGUGUGUCAGGAGGGAGGGGCGUGGUCAGUGCCUGCCGGAGAGUGCCGCCGUGUUGCAGACUUUUGUCAGCCCAGAGUGGAUCUACCCAACACGGCCGAGAUCCGAUCGGGGUACCUGAUCGGGGACAGUACCACCAUUGAAUGUGAGGCGGGGUACCAGCCCCGUGGUGAGAUGACGGCCGUGUGUCUGGAGGGAGGAAUGUGGUCAAGGCCAGAUGGACACUGUGCAAAAGUCUACUGCGGUCGUCCCAAGAUCAAAGACAUGGUUAACGUGAUGCUCAUUGGUCGGUCAUAUUUCUAUGGUGACCACGUGAUGUUCAUGUGCCGGCCUGGCCUGACCCCAGGGAGGAUACCACCAAGGUUGACGUGUGGGGAGACCGGAGAUUGGGACGGCGAGAUCGGGUGUUCAGCUCAGUGCAAGUUUGAAUGUCUUAACGGCGGACGAUGCGUAGGCCUCAACAAGUGCAAAUGCAUGUCAGGAUGGGGCGGCAUCCGAUGUCAGACAGCUAUCUGCAUUCUGCCCUGCUUGAAUGGCGGCUCCUGUGCGGCUCCCUACAGGUGUGGCUGUCCACCGGGUUACGAGGGAACAAGAUGCCAGAGAGCGAUCUGCUCCCGACCAUGUCAAAAUGGAGGCCGGUGUUUGUACCCAGACCGGUGCCAGUGCAUCUCAGGAUUUUUACCACCGUUUUGUGAGACAAAAAGGAUUGACAGGGUAAGAAAAGGAUAAUGAACAGUGAUCCAGGACAUGUCAAAUGAGCGAAGACACACUGGACAAUGGCUAUUUAAUCAUUCUCCACGUCAAGUGAAGAUUUCACCUGGAAAUACAUGUACAUCAUUACUCAGGACAAUAAAGUCCACACAAGGCCACAAAAAGUUGAUUUGUUUGUUGUUGUUUUUCGAAAUUGCUGUCCUCAUUUCUUUUUAUUUAAAAAUCAAUUACAAAAGUUUAAAGGGUGGAGUGGGGUGGGGACUUUUUAAUGAGGCUCCCGUGACAAUAAUUUGCAGAGAUUCGCUCCAAAAAUCCCUCUCUCUAUGAAUACCAAGUCAUGGUCUACACAUUGUUAAAUAUCAUAUACUACUCAAAAAUUGUUAAAGUGUUUUUGAGUAGUAUAUGCCAAAGACAGAAAAAUGUUUCAAUCCAGGUAGAGAAAUAAUGAUAUUAAAUUAACAAAUGAUUUGUUGUGGAUUAAAUGAUAAAAGUCAAGAUUAAUAUCACAGACAUACACUUGGCCUCAGCUUAUAUCAAGUGUAUGUAAAUGAGGUAAGACUACAGAAUACCGGAUACCUUCCGCCAUCUUUGAAAGCACGCGAGUUUACUUUUGGUUAGGGUUAGGUUUAGGGUAAGGUUAAGUUUAGGGUUAGGGUUAGGGUGACCUGACACUCAACAAUAUGGCUGGUAGCCGAUUAAUCAUCAAAGUGCAAAAAGUAUGUUAGUAUUCAUGUUAAUAAUUUAGCUUCACAAGUUUGAAUUUAUUUUACUUCUACGCAAUGAUAAUAAUUAAUAUUGGUGUUUUAUUAUAGUAAAUUGUAUUCCCUACAUAGUUCCAGCUGACGUAUACACCAGACAGCUUGUUGUAGUUGACUGAUAGGUAGAAGCAUUAGCCUUCAGAUUGUUAUAGGGAGUGAAACUAGAUUGACCAAACUGUUUCAAGCUAAAAGUAUACAUUGUUUUCUUAAUAGGCAUGUACAUACACCUUGCUGGUGACUGACACGUAACUCAAAUGUACUGUAUCUGCAUAUUUUAAUAAAAUUAUAAAUUGCCUGU